GAGGAUGACGAGGAAGAUGAGGAUUACGACAGCGACGAUGAUGCGCAGAUCGUGGUUAAUUCCAAGGGCCUCAACGACGUGGGCGGAGAGGUACGGAUGGCCCUGAUUGUGCGCAGUGACCUGGGGAUGUUGAAGGGGAAGGCUGCGGCCCAAUGUGCUCACGCUGCGGUGUCCUUGUACAGACAGAUGCACGACAACACGCAGAGCGAGAGCCAUAACCCAACAAUGCUAAGGAGAUGGGCGAACGGCGGCCAGGCGAAAAUCGUGCUUAAGUGCAGCAGCCUCGAGGAGAUCGAGGAACUGCUCAUGAAGGCCGUCAGCUUGAACAUCAACAACUACCUCGUGGUCGACGCCGGCCGCACCCAAAUUGCCUCCGGCAGCGAGACCGUGCUUGGGCUCGGGCCUGCCCCCCGGAGUGUGCUGGACCAGGUCACCGGCGAUCUCCGGCUC